AUGGCGGACGCUCUAUCCAUCGAGCAGAAUAACAAGAUCCGAGUGGCCCUCGGCCUCAAGCCUCUCCCUGUACCCGGUGCCCAGCCCGACGCCACUGGACCGGACUUCAAGGACGAUGACUCGAGCGCAUCUGGCGAAGAAGAAGACCCCGCGAGCACCCUCGAAUCCCGACAGGCUCUAGGCUAUGAAAACUGGCAGAAACUUCAAGAUGAGGCCAACGCCAAGAAGAGACGAGACGAGAAAAAUGCCGCCAUCAAGAGGGCGCGCGACAUUGCCCAAAGAAAUCUACAACUACAAGGAGCCACUCUUGGAGAUGCGGACGGUGCAGAACUUGACACCAAGGCCUGGUUAAUGCAGAACAAGAAGCGCUCGAAGAAGAUCGAGAGGGAGCGUGCGCGCAAGCUUGCCGAAGAACUCGAGGAACGGGAGCGGGCCGCAGCUGUUGAAUACACUGCCGCAGACCUCGCUGGUGUCAAGGUUGGCCAUGCCAUCGGUGACUUCGAAGGUGGCGAGGACCACAUCCUUACCCUCAAAGAUGCCGGAGUGGAUGAUGAUGAGGAAGGGGAUGAGCUCCAGGACGUUAACUUGGUCGACAAAGAAAAGGCCGAGGAGCGGAAUGAUCUCAAAAAGCGCAAGCCCGUUUAUGAUCCUACGGCCGAGAAUCAGGGAAUCCUUUCACACUACGACGAGGAAAUCGAGGGCAAGAAGCGCAAGAGAUUCACACUGGACGCCAAGGGCUCGACUGAAGAGGAGCGCGAAGCCAAACGACAAGAGGUUUCGGAUAGAUUGAAGAAGGGUGUCAUUAGUCUCGACUUUGAACCCGAAGUUCCGGCAUCCGAUUACAUGGACAUCAGCGAGAUUAAGAUCAAGAAGCCAAAGAAGAAGAAGAGCAAGGCGACAAAGCAGAGAGCUGUGAUGGACGAUGAGGACGUUUUCCCCACGAACGAAUCGACGGGUACUUCCAUGGACAUCGACACCACAAAUGGGACCCCGGCACCCGCGCCCAAGAAACCCGUCGACCAAGAUGUGUCCUUUGUGGAUGAUGACGACCUGCAAGCCUCACUCGCUCUCCAGCGCCGUGCUGCAUUCAAGAAGCGCAAGAAGAUGCGCCCCGAAGACCUUGCCCGGCAACUUCGUGAAGAGGAGUCUCAGACCCCGAUGGAGGUCGAGACUCCCGAAGAAGGCGCCGAGGAACCCGGUCUUGUGAUCGACGAGACCUCAGAAUUCGUUUCUAAUCUCCAGAAACCCACAUUGCCCGAACGGGAAGAGCGGCGGACAACGACCCCAGCUGAAGAGGCCACUGCCCACCCGGAGCCCGAGGCGGAGACCGAGGAUGUGGACAUGGAACGGACCUACAAUGACAUCGAGGACGGGGAGGAUCUCGAGGAGCGCAUCAGGCGCGAGGAAUCUAAGCAGGGACAACAGGAGUUUACUGGCACUGGUCUGGAAGAAGAAGCUACAUUGGACCAGGGCCUCGGAGCUACACUGUCGAUGCUGAAACAGCGUGGCAUCGUGAAGGACACCGACAGCACCGAUCACAACGCGCUCAUGCGCAAACGCCAACAAUUCCUACAAGACAAGCUGAACCGCGAAGCAGAUGCCGAUCGGCGUGCACGGCAACAGCGCGAGCGCGAUCGUGCAUCCGGCAAGCUGGACCGCAUGUCGGCCCGCGAGCGCGAAGAACACGCACGCUGGGAAAACAAGCAGCGAGACCAGCAGGACGCGCGACAGAUGGCAGAGGUGUUCAACCGCGAGUACAAGCCCGACGUGCAACUCAAGUACACAGACGAGUACGGCCGCUCAAUGAACCAAAAGGAAGCCUUCAAGCACCUCAGUCACCAGUUCCACGGCAAGGGCAGCGGCAAGAUGAAGACUGAGAAGCGGCUGAAGAAGAUCGAAGAGGAGAAGAAGCGCGAAUCGAUGAGUGCCCUGGACAGCAGUCAGCACACGGGCAUGAACAACGCCAUGGGAGCGACGGCGCGCAAGAACCGCCAGGCCGGUGUGCGACUGGGCUGA